AUGCCUCCAACUCGGCUGAAGGAAAAGACCAAGCGGACGGCCGCUUCGUCUGAAAAAACUCCGAUGAACCAACAACCGGUUGACGAUAUUGACAUGGACGAUGAGACUAGCUCGGACGAGGAAGACCUACCUGAGAAGGACGAGGCUGAACUCAAGCUGGAGCGCAUGCUCUUUGGCGAUGAUGAGGGGUUCAUGGGCGCAUUGAAAAACCAGCAGGAGCGGGCGGAUGCUAUGCAGCUUACCUUGCAUAGUGAUGAAGAGAGUGGAAGUGGUGAAGAGGGGGAGGAAAGCUAUGAAGACAAUGUUGAGGACAUGGCAGAUGCAGAUCUCUUUUUCCUCGACUCAGGCGUCGCACCCGAAACUACAGAUCUCAUUCCUUCGCCGGAGACUCUAUCCGACGAUGAAGACGACGAGUCUGCUCCUGCAAUCUGGCACGACAGCGACGAUGAGCGCCUUGCCGUUUCGCUUGCAAGCCAGGCCAAGCUCCGCAAAUUGCGUGUGGCAGAGUCCGAAGAUAUCAUCAGCGGCAAGGAAUACACUCGCCGAUUGCGCAGACAAUUUCAGCGCAUGCAUCCCACUCCCGAGUGGGCGAACCCAGAGCUGGCUGCUUUGCGCCGCAACGCAAAUUCGGACUCUGAUGCCAGCGGGGAAGAGAUGGAUUCUGAUGAAGAGGAUGAGCAAUUAUCUAUGCAGCCACUGGCUAAGCUGCUUCAGAACACCACCGAUCUCACUCGUGUUGAAGACAAUGCCCGCUCCGGCGGCAAGCGCAAGCUCCGACAGGAAGUUCUGGAUAUCCAACGUCUCAAGGAUGUUGGCAAGGCACAGCCGUCCUCCGUUGACUCACUCAACUUCCACCCACACUACCCACUCCUGCUUUCUUCUGGACCUGCAGCAACUCUCUUCAUGCACCACAUAUCUCCCUCAGCACCAUCCCCCAACCCCCUCCUGACCUCCCUGCACAUCAAGCGCACCCCAAUCCACACAUCUGCAUUUGCCCCGCCCACGGGUAACAAAAUUUUUGCAUCUGGCCGACGACGAUACUUCCACAUUUGGGAUAUGGACACGGGCAAAGUGGACAAGGUCAACGGAACAGCAGACCGGAAAGAAGAACAAAAGUCCAUGGAGCGCUUUAAGCUCUCUCCAUGCGGCCGCUACGUCGGUCUGGUCGGCACCUCUCGCAAGGGCGGUGGUCUGAUCAACAUUCUCGACUCCAGCACCGCCCAAUGGAUCGCGCAGGUACGCGUCGACGGACGUGGCGGUGUUGCAGAUUUCGCCUGGUGGUCCGAUGGCGAGGGAAUGACAGUAGCCAGCAAGAACGGUGAGAUCUCAGAGUGGGAUGGUCGACUACGCCGCGUUGUGGCUCGUUGGCUCGAUGCCGGUGCCGUCGGUACUACCGUCCUCACAUUGGGUGGUCGCUCAGGUCGUACCCAGCUCGGUGGAGAUCGUUGGGUUGCUGUCGGUAGUUCCAGUGGUGUGGCCAACAUCUAUGAUCGCCGCGACUGGGCUGCUGCGUAUGCGAACGCCUCACAGGCUGAGAAGGAUGGCCCUUCGCAGGCUGGUAUUCCUCGGAACCCGACUCCGGCGCGUGUGUUGGAUCAGCUUACCACUCCUAUUAGCCAUCUGGUUUUCGCUCCUGAUGGCCAGAUGCUGGUUAUGGCUAGUCGCUGGAAGCGUGAUGCCCUCAGACUUGUUCACCUUCCAUCUUGUACAGUGUACCGCAAUUGGCCCACCUCUAACACCCCACUGGGCCGUAUCACCUCAGUGGCCAUUUCGCCAAAUUCCGAGCAGUUGGCUGUUGGAAAUGAACAGGGCCGUAUCCGGCUCUGGGAAAUUAGAGGAUAG